CUUUUUCCUAAAACCAACCACGACCUUUUCUUUACCCAGUGUUCCGUUGCGUUCUUCACUGAACCGUGGCGGCCAUUGACCGCGCUCGACCGCCAUGCAUCUGUAUAAUCUUACGCUUCAGCCUCCAACGGCAAUUACACAAGCCAUCGUCGGCAAUUUUUCUGGCGCCAGACAGCAGGAAAUUAUCGUUUCUCAUGGAACACGCUUAGAAUUACUACGACCAGAUCCUCAGACAGGAAAGGUCUCGACAGUCAUUGCUACGGAUGUUUUUGGCUCCAUUAGAUCCUUGGCUGCCUUUCGACUAACGGGAGGGACGAAGGACUACGCAAUCGUAGGGUCUGACUCAGGCCGUAUCGUUAUUCUGGACUAUGAUCCAAAGACCAGUAACUUCGUCAAGCUUCACCAAGAGACAUUUGGUAAAUCCGGCGCGCGUCGUAUAGUGCCUAGUCAGUACCUGGCUACCGAUCCCAAAGGAAGAAGUGUCAUGAUAUCUGCCAUGGAAAAGAGCAAAUUAGUCUACAUUCUCAACCGAGAUGCUGCUGCCAACUUGACGAUCUCUUCACCUCUUGAAGCUCACAAAAAUUCAGCGAUUAUUCAUCAUAUUGUUGGACUGGAUGUCGGCUUCGAGAAUCCAAUGUAUGCUGCACUAGAAGUUGAUUACUCAGAGUCUGACCAAGACCCGACGGGCGAAGCCUUUAACCGCGCCGAAAAGAUGCUCACUUUUUAUGAGCUUGACUUGGGACUGAAUCAUGUUGUUCGCAAGUGGAGUGAACCUACUGAUCCUCGUGCAAAUCUACUCUUGCAAGUGCCGGGAGGUCAGCUGGCGUCCUCAGAUCGGUUUGACGGACCAUCUGGUGUGCUGGUGUGCUGCGAAGAUCACAUUAUAUACCGACAUAUGGACGCCCCUCAGCAUAGAGUUCCUAUACCUCGGCGAAAUGGUCCUUUGGAAGAUCCUAAUCGCAGCUUAAUCAUCACUGCUGCAGUCAUGCACAAGAUGAAGGGCGCAUUCUUCUUUUUGCUUCAAAGCGAAGAUGGCGAUUUAUUCAAGGUUACAAUUGAACAUGAAGAUGAGACAGUCAAAUCUCUGAAAAUCAAGUACUUUGACACAGUUCCAGUCGCGGCUAGUCUCUGUAUUCUUAAGUCUGGUUUUCUUUUUGUGGCGUCGGAGUUCGGUAACCACUAUUUGUAUCAGUUCCAGAAGCUAGGUGACGACGACGACGAGCCUGAAUUUAGUUCCACCUCGUACCCUUCGUUCGGAAUGGCCGACCCAACUGCGCCGCUACCGCAUGCUCAUUUCCGCCCUCGCCCGUUGGAUAACCUGGUUGUUGCUGACGAACUUGAAUCCUUGGAUCCUAUUCUUGAUUCGAAAGUUCUAUCCAGGCUUCCUAACUCAGAUACACCCCAGAUCUUUACAGCUUGCGGACGAGGCCCACGUAGUACCCUACGAACUUUGCGUCAUGGUCUUGAGGUGGAAGAAUCCGUGAGCUCCGAUCUACCUGGUAUACCAAAUGCCGUGUGGACAACGAAACGAACGGAAGACGAUCCCUUCGACUCUUAUAUCAUCCUGUCAUUUGUUAACGGAACACUGGUCCUUUCGAUCGGAGAAACGAUCGAAGAAGUGCAGGAUACGGGGUUCUUGUCUUCCGCGCCUACGCUUGCCGUUCAACAGAUAGGUUCCGAUGGUCUGCUACAGGUUCAUCCCAGCGGCAUUCGUCACGUUCUUGCUGACACCCGUGUAAACGAGUGGAAGGUUCCCCACGGCAAGACCAUCGUCAGCGCCACAACGAACAAACGGCAGGUGGUAGUUGCACUGAGUUCUGCCGAACUCGUGUACUUCGAGUUGGAUUUGGACGGUCAACUGAAUGAAUAUCAAGACCGCAAAGCAAUGGGAAGUACGGUUCUGGCAUUGAGCAUAGGCGAAGUCCCUGAAGGUCGUCAAAGAACUCCUUUCCUAGCCGUGGGAUGUGAGGACCAGACUGUCCGCGUCAUUUCACUUGAUCCCGAGAGCACGCUAGAAACAAUCAGUUUGCAAGCUCUUACGGCCCCGCCUUCAUCCAUUUGCAUUGCAGAUAUGCUUGACGCCAGCAUCAAUAAGUUGCAGCCGACGAUGUUUGUUAAUAUUGGCUUGCAAAACGGAGUACUCCUUCGAACCGUAUUGGAUCCGACUAACGGUCAGCUUACUGAUACCCGUACCCGUUUCCUAGGAACGAGGCCGAUUCGUCUAAUCCGCGUCCAAAUUCAACAGAAUCCGGCAAUUUUAGCAUUGUCAUCCCGCUCGUGGCUCAAUUACACGCAUCAAAACCUCAUGCAUUUCACGCCUUUGAUUUUCGAAAACUUUGAUUAUGCCUGGGGCUUUUCUGCAGAGCUCAGCCCAGAGGGUCUCAUUGGGAUCACGGGAAGCACGUUACGGAUUUUCCAGAUUCCUAAGUUGGGUACAAAACUGAAAGCAGAUUCGAUCCCGCUCUCCUAUACUCCCCGAAAGUUUAUUACGCAUCCGCAUAAUGAAUAUUUCUACAUCAUUGAAGGAGACCACCGCACGUUGGGUGACGAUGCAGCAACCAGGAAACUGGCGGAAUUGCGCAAGCAAGGCAAAAAGAUUGAUGAAGAGGUCGUCAAUUUGCCUGUAACAGAAUUUGGCCGGCCAAAAGCCGCAGCAGGCAAUUGGGGUUCAUGUAUUCGAAUUGUGGAUCCAGUUGAGGCAAAAACGGUUGCCGAAGUGCAGCUGGAUGGUAAUGAGGCCGCGUUCUCUCUUGCCAUUGUUCCUUUCUCUGCAAGGAACGGAGAACUGCACCUGGUUGUAGGGACUGCAGCUGACACCGUUGUUUCGCCAAGAUCCUGCAGUACUGGAUACUUCUGCACAUACAAGUUCACUGAUGAUGGUGCUGGCUUGCAAUUAUUGCACAAGACUGAAACAGAUGACGUUCCUUUGGCUCUAAUGGCAUUCCAAGGCCGUCUGGUUGCUGGCGUCGGGAAGGCCCUACGGAUAUACGAUAUUGGGAAGAAGAAGCUGCUGCGCAAGGUUGAAAAUAAGACCUUUGCAUCACCCAUCGUCAGUCUUAAUACUCAGGGUUCCAGAAUCAUUGUUGGCGAGAUGCAGGAAUCAGUAUCAUUCGCCGUUUAUAAGGCACCUGAAAAUCGCUUGCUCGUUUUCGCGGACGAUAGCCAGCCGCGGUGGAUAUCCGCUGUCACUAUGGUUGACUACAAUACUGUGGCAUGCGGUGAUCGUUUCGGCAAUGUCUUUGUCAAUCGUCUCGACUCCAAAGUGUCCGACCAAGUCGAUGAUGAUCCAUCCGGCGCUGGAAUACUGCAUGAAAAGGGUCAGCUGAUGGGUGCACCUCACAAGACGAAAAUGCUCUGUCACUUCCACGUUGGGGACCUUCUGACCUCGAUACACAAGGUAUCCCUGGUCGCCGGUGGUCGUGAGGUUCUGCUUUACACAGGCUUGCAUGGAACCAUCGGUAUCCUUGUUCCUUUUGUAUCGAAGGAGGACGUAGAUUUCAUAUCAACAUUGGAGCAGCAUAUGCGGACGGAGCAAGCCAGCUUGGUCGGGAGAGAUCAGCUGAGUUGGCGUGGAUACUAUACGCCAGUGAAGGCUGUGGUAGAUGGUGACCUUUGCGAGACGUUCGCUACGCUGCCAGGACCUAAACAGAGUGCUAUCGCUGGAGAGUUGGAUCGAUCUGUAGGCGAAGUGCUCAAAAAGCUAGAGCAGUUGCGAGUGACCGCGAGUGGGUUUUAGGAUAUUUGCUUCUUUGCUGGUAAUUGCUGUGAUUAUUUGCACCGACUGUAUUUAAUUGUAUUAUGUAUUCACGGUGCUGCAGCUUCAAGGUGGUUAGAGAAAUUGGUAUUAUUUCACUGACAUUGGUCCCUGACAA